UUAGGAGAUUUUUUUGUUAAGGUCGGAAAAAAAUAGUAAAAAGUUGAAAUUUGCAGUAUGCAAUCCUUUAACCGUUCUCAACAACAUACUAAAAGUCCUCAUGUAUCCCGCUUGAGCUUUUGUUGUAUUAACGCCAGAACCAUACACUACCUUUGAACGGAAAUUUUGGCAGAUUGAAUACAUUUUGUUGGAUUUGGUUGGAUUUGGCAGUUCAAAAGUGGAAGCACUGACAAUAACAAUUGUCUGCAGACGCUGCGAAUUGAAAAUAUCUCAGUUAAAAAAAUACUUUCGUAAAAUGGUAAACAAUCGAAGGAGCAAUAUGCUGAGAAGUUCGAAGAAACGUUUUGAAGUGGAAAGAGUUAUUUUUCGCAGAUAUCAUCGUAGAAAGAUUGGAAACUUUUUCAAAAACACUAUGAAACACAAAGGGUCGUUAUUGUAUUUGAUGGCUAUAGUGACGCUCCGUCCACAAAGUGUGCUGAGCAAAAUCGGCGAGCAAUGAAGGCGCAGUCGACAGAGAUCUUGUUCACGGAUGACAUGCCUAUUACUAUCCGUCAAGAAAGAUUUCUGACAAAUGGAAAGAAUAAAGCACGGUUUAUUGAAGGUCUAACGCGAUAUCUUGAACAUGCUGAGAUAGAAGUGAAACAAGCGGUAGCAGAUGCAGAUGCGUUAAUUGUGCGAACUGCAAUUGAUUUGUCGACCAACAACAACGUUGUCGUAGUCGGAACUGAUGUCGACUUGCUUAUUUUGUUGAUACAGCUAUCGAAGAAAGACAACCAACUCUAUCUGUACAAACAAGGAGCUGGAAAAUGUCCAGAUAAAGUAUUUUCUAUCAGAGAUGUUCAGAAACAUUUGACAGAAGUAUCCAGCUCGUUGUUCUUUCUGCACGCCAUGACAGGUUGUGACACUACCUCCGCCCUGUACAGACAAGGCAAGAAGAAGGCGUUCAACCUCUUACAGAAAAACGAGGAAUUACGGCGCGAGGUGGUGAGUGUAUUCAACGAUCCAACAUCUUCCCCUGAUUCUGUGUCAUCCGCGGGAGAAAAGUUUCUUCUGGCAUUGUAUAGUGCUCCUAAGUCAACAACUUCUCUGAAUGAUCACAGACACAAACGAUUCAUGAAAGCGGUAGCUAACUGUCCUGUUAACAACCAGAUGCAACUCGCGGCUUUGCCACCGACAUCUGCAGCAGCAAAGGAACAUUCAUUCAGAGUGUAUCAUCAAGUGCAACAGUGGUUAGGAGUGGAGUUGCCCCCAACUCAGUGGGGCUGGCAAUUGAAAAAUGGAAACCUGCAACCGGUUCUCACUCGUCAAGCACCUGCGCCUGAAAAACUGUUAACUUUGAUUUCUUGCAAUUGCAAGAGUGGCUGUGAGCGAUCAUGUGGCUGCAAGAAAGCAGGUUUGGUUUGCACCGUUCUGUGUGGCCAUUGCAACGGAAAUGGCUGCAGUAAUUCUGAAUCACCAAUUGUAUGUGAAUCAGAAAUGGAUGGAGAACAUAUUUUUGAUGAAAAGAGCGAAGGCAUUGAUGUUAUUUCCGAUUCGCCGAUAUUGGAAAUGAAGCAUUUGAUGUCCAUGUGCCUGACGAAGAGUUGUCAAUAGACAAUCAAUCUGAUGAACUUGAAUUUCCAUCAGCAACUGCGAAUCCACGAAAGCGGAAAAGUAAAACAUAAACAUAUCGGGACAGUGUACAGUCUUUCGUGUAAUAGAGUUGGGUGGAACCCCUGGCUAGGAUUCUUGUGAAACGUGUUUUAAUAAUAUUCACUUGUCAACUUUACUGUGAAAAUUCCAGUUGUUACUUUGUGUCAGGUAAUUUUGUAUGUUAUCGUGCUUAUGACGUCAUAAUAUUGCUGUUUAGUCUAAAGUAAUAAUUUUACGUACCAAAACAUAUUUUAAAAAAUCCAUAUUUAGCGCAAAUAUAAGUAAUGACGUCAUGACCUCAUAACGGCAGAAGCUCCAGUCGGAUACAUGAGGACUUUUACUAUGUUAUCAAGGUCACUGAAAUGAGUGAAUACCCCAAUUUUCAACUUCUUACUAAUUUUUUCCGACCUUUUUUACCAUUUU